AUGGGUUGUGGAGCUAGCACUAUGGAAAUGGAUGAAAGGUACUAUGAGCAGAAGAGAAUAAAUGAUGCGAUUGAGAAAUCUUUAAAGUCUCACCAAAAGGUGGAGAGGUCUCAGUUGAAGAUGAUCCUCCUGGGUGCAGGAGAAAGCGGUAAGUCUACCGUCUUAAAGCAGUUACGUCUCUUACAUAAAGAUGGAUUCCAGUACCAGGAGCGUCUUCAGUAUGCUCAAAUAAUCUGGGUCGAUGCAGUUCAGAGCAUGAAGCUCCUAAUGAUUCACGCUAGAAGGCUGCAUAUUCCCUUAAAGUGCGAUGAACCAGAUAGUCCUUUUUCGCAGGCCAAAAAACUGAUACUGAGGUACAGAUGUCUUGAUGUGGGUACCAUUGGUGAUGAGAGCUUCUUGAAGGAUUAUGUAAUGAAGUAUUCAGAUGGCGGUGAAUCAAGGAGGAAGAGGAUGGGUACCGGUCAAGCAGAUGCCCUCUGGGAUAGAAAUUUGGAACAAUCUGAGAGGUUGCUGGGCGACUCCGCAGAGACAGAGCUAGAGAACCAGGAAUUGGAAGAGUUGAAAGAGUCAAGGCCUACGGGAGAUUUUGCUGCGAGGAAGCAACAAAGACAGCAAUUGGCCAACGCAAUCCAAUUACUGUGGGCACAUGAUCCGGGGAUUCAACAAUGUUAUAAUAGAGCACACGAGUUUCAAUUAGAAGCCAGCACAAGGUAUUAUUUUGAAAAUAUUCAAAAAUUUGCGGAUCCUGAUUAUAUCUGUAGUGAUACAGAUAUUCUUAAAGGUCGUAUCAAAACUACCGGGAUAACAGAGACAGAUUUCAAUAUUGGAUCCACAAGGCUUAAAGUGCUAGAUGCUGGAGGACAAAGAUCAGAAAGGAGAAAGUGGAUACAUUGCUUUGAAGAUAUAACGGCAGUGGUAUUCGUGCUGGCUGUAUCAGAAUUCAACCAAACACUUUUUGAAGAUGAAAGAGUGAAUAGGGUCCAUGAAGCCAUACUACUAUUCGAAAGCCUAUGCAAUUCCCGAUGGUUUGUCGAUACACCUUUUAUACUAUUUCUGAACAAGAUUGAUCUGUUAGAGGAGAAGUUACAGCAAACCAACUUCAAAGAGUAUUUCCCUGAUUAUCCAGGGGAUGUGCAUAAUGUUGAUAGUGUGGUGACAUACUUGGAAAGGACAUUUUUAAGUGUCAACAGGACAAGCAAGCCGGUAUACGUACAUAGAACUUGUGCUACUGACACUCAAAGUAUGGAGUUUGUUCUCAACGCCACAACGGACAUUUUAUUACAGAACCAUUUGAAGAAGAGUGGGUUGAUAUAA